CGGAGACUGGAGAGUGCUAGAGUGUAGAAAAGUAGAAAGCUUUUUAUCAGAAUCAGAAAGAACUUUUUAUUUACCCGUGUUCGACGGCUCGAUAGCCGAAAACCGUUUAAUUCGGUAAUAUGUUUCGCGAAACCGUCGGAAUGUUUAACGAAAAAAAUAUGAUGUGAUCGUAUAUUGUUUACGAAGUGACGUGAGUGAAGUGAGGACCUUUACAAUAAUAAUUUUUGAUGUUUCUAACUUAAAAUUCAACAGCAUGUUCAGUGAAAACAUUAACCGAGUACAGUGUUGAGCACAAAUAUGUACGAAAUUGGUUAAACCUUAAACGAUCGUCUCCAACAUAAGCAUUGUAAUAUGUACCCUCAAAAUAAAAAUGAUGCGGUUACUGAAUCGACAAAUUCGUGUAUAUAUGACAGUCCCUGCGACCCGAAGGACAGUGAUUACGAGAAAUUGUUCGCUCCCAAUAAUGAACUGUCGGAGCCCUCGCGGUCCAGGUGCGACAGACUGAAGACGGGCUCCUCUUGUCAGGCCCUCAAGCAUGCAGUGGCCGCUCUCCAUCCUUGGGACGAUUUCCACAAGGAAAAAAUCGGCGAGGGCUUCUUCUCGGAGGUCUUCAAGGUGACCCAUCAGACGACCGGCCAAGUGAUGGUAUUGAAAGUGAACACCCGCCAUUCGAACCGCCGAAAUAUGCUCAAAGAAAUCCAACUGAUGAACCGCCUGUCGCAUCCCAACAUCCUCCGCCUGAUGGGCGUUUGCGUCCUGAAGGCGCAGCUCCACGCUCUCACCGAGUUCAUCGACGGCGGCUCCUUGCACCAGCUCAUCCACACCAGAUCGCUGGACAUCGAGCAGGAGAGGCGCAUCGAAAUCGCCAAAGACAUCGCCAGCGGCAUGGAGUAUUUGCAUUCGAAGGGCGUCAUACACCGGGACUUGACCAGUAAGAACGUUUUAAUAAAGCACUUCGACAUCGGCAAAUUUCAAGCGAUCGUCGGCGAUUUCGGCCUCUCCACCGACAUUCCCGAUCCCAAGGAGAAGAGGAAGCUGCCGAUCGUCGGCUCGCCCUAUUGGAUAUCGCCCGAGGGCCUCAAAGGCAAGUAUUACGACGAGCGCAGCGACGUCUUCAGCUACGGCAUCGUCCUGUGCGAAUUGAUAGCGCGCGUCGACGCCGAUCCCGACUACCUGCCCAGGACCGAUAACUUCGGCUUGGAUUAUCUCGCUUUUUCGGAACUUUGCGGCCCCAACGUUGUACCUGAUUUUUUAACCCUAGCCUUUAGAUGUUGUUCCGUCGAGCCGAAAAGCCGUCCGACGUUCUGCGAAAAUGUCCAGGCGCUCGGCGACAUUUUGAAGGAGCUGAAGAGCGUCGAAGAGCAGAAGGUCAGAAUAGCGAAUUGCGCGGCGAAGAGCGAGGAGCAAUUGCCCGUUCUCUCGGUGCAAUGUUGCGCGCCGCAACAUCGAAAAAUUACGCACCGACGGUCUCUUUCAGAGGACUCGUCCGUGCUGUCGCUGUUCGCGACGCCCAGCGACAAGGCGCGCCGGCACGCUCUCCUCAUGUGCCGCCAGGAUCCGCACUACAAGCCGAGCACCACCAACCCGUUCGCGGCGCUCGCCCAAUUCCAGGGCGUCCGCAAGAUCCUCGGCAACUUCUCCUCCUGCUGCGAGAUGCCCUGUCCGCUCGUCGAGACGGCCGACGCGCCGAAAUCGCUGCCCGGCUCGCCGUCGGCGUCGCGCAAGGCGGCCGGCGCCGCCCAAUCGCCGCUGUUCGUCCAUCCGCUGUACAGGGCCGGCUCCGGCUCCAAUCUGCUGGAGUUCGCCGGCGAGUCGGGCGCGGCGCUGCGCCGGCGCGGCUCGUGCGAAUCGGGUUUUUACUCUAGCGUGGGCGAGUGCCUGUCGUCGAACAGCCUGUGGGGCGACAGCGGCACCGCCGUCAGCUCGUUGCGAUCGCUCGACGAGCUGGAGCACGCCGAGCUGCAGGCGCUCUGCAAGCGCGCCUCGUCGAUCUACACGGACAGCAGCGAGGACGUGUCGAGCCUGACGAGCUGCGAUUGGCCCAACGAUCUGAAGCCCAAUAUAUCGAGCAUCGUGGAGUACUUCGAGCGGAAGGGGGCGAACCUGCGGCGGCACACGGGCGGCGUGAGGGGCGGCUUGCAGUUGAGCUCGAGGAUAGCCAGCUUGAGGCGGUCGUUGGACAACGCGGGAAAUUCGAGUGCGGGUGGUUCGUACUUGGUGCCGCAACGGCCGAAAUGUUCUAGGUUGGUGGUGUGCGAGGGAGCGGUCAGGUCUAAAUUGCCGCUGUUCGAUAAGAAGUAAACGUCUGAUUGUAUUUGGCGUUUCUGGAAAUGUGGUAGUCAAGUUAGGCUACAGUUACUAUGCAUGCCAAUUCUGAUGAAAAUUUGUUCUGACGAAGGUUUUUGUCGUUGUCAGUUUAAACACUCUUAUUAUAAACAAGGAGUUUGUUUUUUCGGACGAUUCAUCAGAAGUCGUCAGAACAAUUUUUCGUCAGAAUUCGAAUGCAUAGUAAUCGUAGCCUCUAAGGAAAUCGCGUAAAAGACUGAUUGAUUGUUAUUUUUAUUAUUCCUAUGUACAGUGUGCUCGAAAUGUUGUUCUUUGUGAGCAUAGGUUCAUUUGAUGAGCUCUAGGACGUUUUCGAUAAUUUUUGAAAUAACAUCGUAGGAAAAUGUGCAGCUUCACCGUUUACUGUAUUAGAAAUGCAAAUUUAACUUAAUGCGUUUCCAGGAAAUUGCAUUCUUCGAUUUAAUUUUUUUUUCUUCUAGUCAGAUGGUAUCUAAUGUUUGAAGGCCUAAGUGAUGAUAAAUUUUGAAAAAUGUUUUAUAUAGUAUUUUGUACAACAAUUGUAUAUAUACAUACAUAAUUCUACAGAUAGAUUAUGUGCAUAUUUCUGUGAGAAUAUUCGUUUUUUGCAUUAACAUACGCCCUUGGACUGAUUUAAAGUUUCUUUACCUAAUCAACCUAACCGAAAAAUACAGAUAAGUAUCAAAAUUGUUUCAUCCUGCUAUUGUAGCAUACCUAUUAUUAUCGAUUUGAUUUUGUUCCAUUUCUUUAUUAUGUAACUACAUUGUUUAAUUUAACAUUACACUACUCGUCGAGGAAAUACAUUUCGCCCAGUAUAUAAUUACUUAUUAUUAUGUUUGAAAUUAUUGUUUUAUUCAAUUGUAGUAUAUGUGAAAUAAUGCAUAAGUAUAAUUAUUUCAUACGUUUGCAGGAUAGAUCAGUAUUCUUUAAUAAUUAACGUGCUAAUUUAUUUGAAAAACUACUAUUUAUUUUAUUAAAAAACUCUUAGUGCAAUUCGCUGUUACUGAAUUUUAUUAAGUGAAAAAGGUUUAAUCAAAAGGAGGAUGAAGAUUGUUAAUUUAUUUGUUAUGGAACACAUCUGUAGAAUGCGAGUUUAAUUUAAGUAAUAUUAAUAAACGAUAUUUUAAUAAAACUAAUCCUCCUAAUUUGUAUAUUUUCUAAAAGUUUAGAUUGCGAGAGUAGGCAUGCCAAAUUUCUAAAUAACGGUUGUCCAAUUGAACACAUCUAUUAAUUCGGGAAUAAUUAAUAUUUCAAUUGCGCAGCCGCAUUGUCAGAAUAAAAACAAAAGCCAAGACUGAGACUUAGUUGACGUUGAAUAAAAUGACUAAUUACUAAUGUUCAAUACAGGGUGUCCCAAUGAAAAGUAGCCCAUUUAAUCGGCUUGUAAUUUUUAAUCGUCUAAUCAUAAAAACAUGCGGUGUUCGCAAAUAUAUUUAAUUUGCAUCGCCUGUACAGUGUACUUUAUCAAAAUCCCCUUUUUUCAAUCCACUUUUUCAAUAAAACGUAUCUUCUUACUCUAAACGGCUACUUUUCUUUGCGACACCCUGUAUAUUCCGACCUAUCUAAAACCUAGAAGGACUAAAGACAGUCCGGAUUGACUAUAAGAGUAUAAAAGGUAAUUUGAACCUUCGUUUUCGAUUGUAUUGUCAAUUUCAAUUGUGUAGAUUGUGUACAUUAAGCAUUAAAACGUGUUUAUUACAAAUUAUUGUAAUGAAAAACAAGAUGACUUAUGAUUUUGUGCAUUAUAUUAAUUAGUAUUUGAGACAAUUAUACACUUUUAAAUUAACAUGAUGAAUGGAUAACGCGGGAUAAUUUUUAAACGUUAAAGGCAACUAAAAUGAAAAUAUUAUAUCGCAAUAAAAUGAGUUGUGCGGAAAAUUUUCGCUAGGAAAUUCUAUUACGUUCUCAAUGACUGGAUUGAUUAGCAAUCGAGCGUUGAUUAAUCGACGAUUAUUUGGUGAAGUUGUUAUGUUAUUGUUGAAUAAUUGUGCGGUGAUUUAGACUGAAUAUUGUAAAUGUAAAUAAUCUUACUUGAAGUCCAAUAUUAGGGAAUCUACAGUUCUACCGAUUAAAACCAAUCAAAUGGGAAAAUUUGUUAACUUGUACGUGUCAUACUGAUGAAUGCUCAAUCGAUAAAGCUAAUAUUUUACAGGAGUCGCUAUAUUAACAGUUCCAAUUGAAUUAUAAUAAUUUGAAUUCUGCAUUUUUUU